UGCAUGUUUUAAGCUAAUGAUCGUAGGGGGCGCUCUCUCUAGUUGUGCCAAAAUCUGUUUAGCAAUCAUUCCUCCUACAUUUUGACCGUCAAUUCGAUUUUAAAAAUUUUAUUGAGCUCCAUGGAAAAAACAAUCAUAAAUUGAGGGGGUUAAUGAUUAAAUCCGAGAGUGAACCUUAAUGGUGUCUCUGUUCUUCAUCAUCACAUAACAUAACCAGAAAACAAAAAAAUGUCUGAAACGAUUCAUCAAAUCUCACCUGCUCCUCCUCCUCUUCCACUCACCACCGCGAAUCAUCACUCAUCCAAUCGAAUAAACCCAAUCCUCCUCUUCGUCAUCGUCCUCCUCUCCUUCCUCUUCUUCAUCUGCACCGUCCUACAUUUGACCGUCAAACACUACCUAAACAAGAAAAGGUCUCGACUUUCCUCCUCGCCGGGACCCGGUUCCGACCGAAACCCAGAAGAACUCUCCGACUCCUCCGACAACACUUACAACCAGAGACAGCUCCAGCAGCUGUUCCAUCUCCACGACUCGGGUCUAGACCAAGCCCUCAUCGACGCCCUCCCCGUCUUCCUCUACAGAGAGAUCAAGGGCUCCAAAGAGCCCUUCGACUGCGCGGUCUGCCUCUGCGAAUUCUCCGAGGACGACAAGCUCCGGCUGCUUCCGAUCUGCAGCCACGCUUUCCACAUCGACUGCAUCGACACGUGGCUCCUCUCGAACUCGACGUGCCCGCUCUGCAGAGGGACCCUUUACCCUCUAGGGCACCAGUUCGAGAACUUGGAUUUCAAUUUCGGGUUUUUCGCCGGGGAAGAUGGAGAUAGGGUUUCGCCUCCGGGGGAGAAGGCGGCGGCGGAGAGUGAUAAUAUUGGGAAGAGAGUGUUCUCGGUGAGGCUUGGGAAGUUUAGGAGCAGUAAUAAUACUAUUAAUGAAGGUGAAGGAGGAGGAGGAGGAGAGACGAGUGGGUGUGUGAGUGUGAACAGUAGUAGUCUUGAUGACAGGAGAUGUUUCUCGAUGGGGUCUUAUCAGUACGUAGUGGCUGAGUCAGAUCUGGUGGUGGCUUUGUGUCCUAAUAGUAAUAACGAAGGUUUGAAGAGUGUGAAAGAUGGAGAGAGUAAUGUCGAAGGGAAGAAGAUAAACAUGAGGAGUAAAGGCGAGAGCUUUUCUGUGUCCAAGAUUUGGCAAUGGUCUAAUAAAAGAUCGAAGUUUGGGAACCAAGCAGAGACCAAUCUGGUGGGUUCUUCUUCUUCUGCAUCUUCUUCCUCUUAUCCUUGUUCUGGUAGUAGUACAGUUGCUGCGGGGUUGUCAUUGAAUGGAAGGAGAUUUCAGGGUCCAUGAGAAGGGAAUGAAUGGGGUUAGGUACAGAUCAAAGGGGUUAGCUAGUUUUCUGCUGUUGAUUUAAUUAAAUCAUUGAUUUUGAGUUUUUUUUGUUUCUUUGAAAUUCAUUUUGUUAACACUAUAUACUGUAGUGGUGUUCUUUUGUGUUUGUUGAGGAGAAUAAGCUUUGUUCUUUGAUUAAGUUAUAUGUGAUGGUUCUUUUAGUC